AUGCAGCAUUUCGUCAAGGAUCGAGACAUGGCUGGAGUUGCGGCAUUCGAGCUUUCGCUGCAGUAUAUCCUUAUUCGCCAAGACCGUUCUUAUCAUUUUCUUCAAUUUUUUAUGGCCUUUUUUUCCUUGAUUUUUUUUACGGAACUACUGCUUAUCUUAUGGUUUUCCGCUUUAUCUCCACUUCUAACGUUUAUACCAACUGAGCCCUUUGAGCAGAUAAAAGAUUUUGCUUCCCCAACCAUUGCAGUUGCUUCACUUGCCAUUUUGCUCUUUAUACGCGCAAGCAAAAAUAAGUAUAUUAUUGAGCCGGGUGAUCAUACUAUUGAGCGUCUGAACAGAGACGUGUUGGAGCCGUGCUUAGGAACCAAAUUUUGUGUCCAAUCAGGCAAGCUAUAUUCAGAUUAUUUACAUGUUAAAGAGAAGAAACUUGGAGAAACUUUUUAUUCGAUGAGAUAUUCACUUGAGACGGAUACUAAUGAAGCUUAAACCGCCUAAACAUUUCUACAUCCUCAUGCUUCAGUAAUCAUAAAACUUGUGAGGCAUCAACAGAUGAUUUUGGAAGCUGGCUAUUAAUCGGGUUCUCUACCUAAUAUAUGACUUCUCUCAUAAAUGGGCUAUCUCCAUAAACAAGCAAAGAUCAUACAUUCCUUUACUCUUUUUCACCUGAACCCCUGAUCCCUUUUCUUUGACUCACUAAAGCUCCACGUUUCUUGAUUGAAGUAAUUAUCCUCGCUGAAUUUCAGUGUUAUGAACAUUGCUUUAAUUAUCUAUUUAAUGCGCCGCCCAAGGUUCUGAUUUUAGUCCAAUGCGUCGAUGCGGUGCAUUGUUUUUAUCAGCGACUCAGACGAGUAUUUUGGAUAGAAUUACGCAAUCUUGAAGCCUGCUGACUUACUGACCGAGCAAAAGUUGUCAGAUCGACGGGAACUAUAUGUUUGUGCUGAUCAGAGACAUAGUUGAUACUGACCCCAUAUUAUAUAGGAAUUCUGUAGAUGCUGACGAUUAUUCAGUUAGUAUCAGAGAUAAUAUGGUGAUAGUACUCAACUACUGAGUAAUUAUGGAAUCUUUAAUGUCAUAUGUAAUUUUCAGUACUGUAUUCAACUAGCCUAGGUGAUACGGAGGUUUAAAGUGUCAAAAGGCGAUGCGUUUUAGCACUACAGAGCUAGGGAGAUAUUCACGCGUAAAGUGAUUUUUUAUUAUGGUCGAUUUUUCUUUAUCCAUAAGAGCUUCUCUGAGACAGCGACUCAAAUAUCUGCAAACCCCGAAAUGCUAAAAUAUAAUUUGGAUCUAAAGCGUUUAUUGGGGACAAUAUUUUCCUACCACAAUGAAUGAUCUUAAUUAGGGUGAACAUAACACAAAAGGCGUGGAAAAUCCGAUUUAUGUAUGUAGCAUCCGGUACGUCGACUGUGGAGCGUUCUCUAACUUAGUGGGAGUUAAAAUCUCAACUAUUCAUUCAGUGGUAGUUGAUCCCGUGUUUCAUGAUCUUGUUGACUUUAGCAGCCACUGGGACUGCAUUGGUAUAAUGCUUAGCAUCAACUUUGAUUUCUUGCGGAGGAAAAAGGGCUGUCCAGUCAGCGUGGCAGGUUUGUGAUUACGGGACGAUCGUUAGCGUAACAUCUGAUAGUAGGCAAAGUCGGUUCUACCCAAGAUGAUAAUCUUACUUUGCAGUAAUCAUGAACAUCCGUGAACCUGCGCAUUAUUCUUGGUCCCCUUUUUAGAAUGUUCGCAGGAGUUGUCGCCCAUUUUUUCGUGUUAGCCUAGACUAUGGUCAUCGGAAUCGUAUGAAGAAUAGUAAUUAUGUAAUUUAUGAUAGCAUGUUGUCAAUUUAUCUAUAUAAAUUAAUAAAUACUAUAUUUCUUUUGUAAUUUACAGUCAGUCUAGAGCUUUUCCCCUUUUAAUCUCCUUAUAUUAUAAUUCAGUUUAUGCAUUAAGAUUAUGCGAACUUCUUAUUUCAUCUCUUAACAUAACUCAGUGAAGAAUAAUUCUAAUCGAUAAAAACUUUUAUUUUAUGUGAAUACGUUUCCUUUAAUGAUUUCUGAAAAACUAACUGUGGAUCUAAAUUCAGCUUUCGCCUUACUUUAUGCCACUUCCAUAAUUAUAUGGAUUUCAUCUCAAACGAUUGUUAAGUCUUAUUGGCUGAAAGCAUCUUCUUUAAUAUGGUAUGCACUCCGGAAUUAUACUCCAAGGUGAUAUAUGGACUGCUACACAGAUAUAUUAUUAACCUCUAAAUGAAACAUAGAUGCUGGCAAGGUAAAGAGUACUUUCGGAUUAUUUAAUUUUCAUCGUGAACUUUAUCCGUGUUCCCAAUCUACAAGUAAGCGUAAACUCUGAAAAAAUGAAGAAUGUAUUACAAAAUUAUAUACUUGGGAUGGAACUGAAUGAAUAUGAGAUAAUCUUGGUUUUAACGUGCUUGAAGACUUUCUGUGUCUGAGUUCGAUAGAAGCAAUCACAAA